AUGAUGUACCAAAACAAUCAUCUAAUACUUAUUCUCCUACUACUCUUCUUGUUCCACUCCACAUGUUUAUCUUUCACUUUCCAACAUAACAACAAUGAAUCUUCAAACCAAACAUCUUCACUGAAAAAUCAGAUUCUAGAACUAGCUAACACACCCAACAUGUUGAAAUGGAUGAAGAGUAUAAGAAGAGAAAUCCAUGAGUACCCUGAACUUGCAUAUGAAGAAUUCAAGACAAGUUCUGUCAUAAGGCGUGAGCUUGAUAAUCUUGGUGUUGUUUAUCAAUGGCCUGUUGCUAAGACUGGUGUUGUAGCUAAAAUUGGUUCUGGUUUUCCUCCUUUUGUUGCAAUUAGAGCUGACAUGGAUGCUUUGCCUAUUCAGGAACUGGUCGAUUGGGAUCAUAAGAGCAAAGUUGAUGGAAAAAUGCAUGCUUGUGCGCACGAUGCACAUAGCGCAAUGCUUCUUGGGGCUGCAAAGAUACUGCAAGAAAUGAAAAACAAGUUAAAGGGGACUGUUGUUCUUAUAUUCCAACCAGCCGAAGAAAGAGGUGUAGGUGCGAAAGACAUGAUCGCAGAAAAUGUGCUUGAAGAUGUAGAGGCUAUUUUUGGAUUGCAUUUAGUUACACAAUAUCCCUUAGGUGUUGUUGCUUCGCGAUCCGGAGAGUUUUUAGCAGGAUGUGGAAGCUUCAAAGCAAAGAUCAAUGGUGGUAAAGGAAUUCACCAGCGUUGUUUCGAUCCGGUUUUGGCAGCAUCAGCAUCUGUGAUUAGCUUGCAAAACAUUGUUUCGAGAGAGAUUGAUCCUUUAGAUUCUCAGGUGCUUUCUGUGGCAACGGUUAAUGCAGGGUCUGAUUCUGUUACAUUUGGAGGUACUUAUAGAGCAUUCAGCAAAAAGAGCUUCAAUUCACUAAGGAAAAGGAUAGAAGAGGUUAUAAAAGGGCAAGUAGAAGUGCAUAGGUGCGCCGCGGAGGUCGAAUUCUUCGGUAGAGAACAUCCGACGAUUCCUCCGACUACAAAUGAUGAUAGAAUAUACAAACUAGCAAGGCAAGCAUCAAGCAUGAUUGUUGGAGAAGAAAACAUAAAAUUAGCCCCAACUUGGACAGGGAGUGAAGAUUUUGCAUUUUACAUGGAUAAAGUGCCUGGUGCAUAUUUCCUUUUGGGUAUAGAAAAUGAGAAGAGUGGAUCAAUAUAUUCAGGUCAUAGUCCUCACUUUUUCAUUGAUGAAGAUGUUCUUCCUAUUGGUGCUGCAAUACAUGCAGCAUUUGCUCUUUCAUAUUCAACAAUUUCUUAACUUCAAUCACUCUUAUAUAUCUAGAAUAAAUUAAUUUAAGCUUGUUUACAUAUUCACUUAAUUUUCUCUUUUCUUGGAUUGUGUUGAAUAUUAUUGAUGUUUUUUUAUGGUGGCUUCAUCAUUGAAAUGAGCUUUACAUAGGCUUUUUGAGAAUAUAAA